AUGAAUCAUCUACCACCGGUGUCCAGCCUCAUGUCUCCCCCUGAGGCCAAGCCUUUUGAAAGCUUUAGUUCUGUCCUCUCGCCUUUCACAGAACCCCAUAAUCCAUCAUUCGACGGCGACACGAAGCUCCCACCAAUUUCUGCUGACAGGAAACGCACACAGUCGGAGAUGGAUCUGCCAUCGCCACCUGUAACUCCAUUCACAGGAAACAAAAAACGCAGGUCUAACAUCCCUGAAGAACAAAUAGAGAGAGAAGAAAUUUCCAGUCCUUCAAGAGAUCCAGUUCUCUUUCCUCGCAAUGACUCUGUUGCUGAUGUUAUCAUCGAGGAGCCACUUUUUGGGCCUAUUCUCCCAGCAGAAGUCGUUGUUGAUCAACAUAUCAAUUCACAUAUGGCAAAGUUCAGGAACAAGAUGAACAAACCGACACGUGAUGAGUAUCUGCUCGCAUUGUCAUGUGUGCCAAUUGUUUCGUCUCAGUAUAAUCGUAGCCCAGCUUCUUGGGCUAAAGAAGAACGGGAAACAUUAGAGCGCCAAAUGGCUAUGAUGGAUCGAUAUCACUCUGGAGGUUUGGAGACAAAAGCAACAGCAUCGGCGCCAAAUAAACGGCAUUCCGCACAGCAUCGUGCGCAACGGACCUCUCGGGUCAAACGCACACCGAGAGCCACCCCAAAUCAAAAGGCUCUCGACUCGUUUGAGACGCCUCCAUCCUUGACUUCCAAGCAACCACGCGCUUUGGGCACAAAUCGCGACGACACAGACUACAAUUCAUUGAUGGAUUUCUCGCCCUCAGUAGAAACUUUGGGUGGCAAUUCAAAGGCAUUAAAGGCCGACUGGAAGGGGCAAAUGCUGGAUUUAAGCAAUGAUCCAGAUCGGCAUCUGCUUAGUCCUGCAGAACUCAACCUUGCUGCGACACUGAGGCUUUCCUGCGCAACCUAUCUGUGCAGCAAACGGCGUAUAUUUGAAGCGCGUCUUAGGGCCCUGAAUGUCGGUAAAGAGUUCCGGAAGACCGACGCACAACAAGCUUGCAAAAUCGAUGUCAAUAAAGCAAGCAAGCUAUGGACCGCUUAUGAGAGAGUUGGCUGGUUUAAACCAGAGCAUUUCCAGCAGUACCGGAAGUGA